AUGCUAGCAUCAAACUUACCUUUUGAAAUUCUCUCAAAAAUUGCAAGGCUUCUGGUAGCAGAUGAUAAACUAUCUUGUAUUCUCACUUGCAAGGCAUGGAAAAUUCCAUUUCAAGAAUCGCUUUGGGAGAAUAUCAAAAUCAAUUUCAUGGAUAAACUUGAGACCAUCUGUACUAGUGUAAAGGAUACAACAAAUAAUUACCUACCAUCUAAUCAUAUAACGAAAGGUCUGCGGGUCGAUGGAAAGACAAUUUUAGCUGACUGGAAGCAGACCAGUGCUUUCAAAACCUUUCCAAACUUGAAGCAUGUCGAUAUGGGAUCGCUAUCUUUUUACAACGUCAACAUAAAACGUAUAAAAUAUGGCCCUCAAUGGGAUACAUUGAACAGUUUAUAUUUCAAAGUUCCCCCAAUAGACCGGAAAAUAUCGACUACAGCUAUUCUUGAGGUUUUAAAAAAAGCCUCCAAUCUCAAAGAAAUAUGCAUCUAUUCUGAUCACCACUAUGUUGAAAUCGAAUUUAACCUAAAUCAAUAUAAUGCUUUUCAUAUCGCAUUGCCACGACUGGUAAAUAUCAGGGUCCAAUUAAUGCUCAAAGAUAUACAUCCAGAUGCCGUACCAAGUAUUCCAAAAACUCUAUCAGCACUCGAUGUAACAAAACUCUAUUUAAAACUCUCCGGUUGGAGUCAUUUGUGGUUGUACUACUUUUGCUACAAGUAUCUAAACCUGCAGACUUUGUCGUUUGUAUCCAUAUGCCGACUUGGGGGGAUAGUUAUAAAAAAAACGACAAAAGAGAAAUAUCACUUCUCCGUUCAGUUAAGAGAGUAUUUCCACGCUUGGAAACAGUGCGUUUCUACAGUCUGGAAUGGUCAGAAUGGUCGCAUGUACUGCUCUGGGAACUCCUUUGCCCAUCGAACAUAUCAUACCACAGUUUUUCCUUGUACAGUCUUUGAACGAUUACUACAGUCAUUUGUCACAACACUCGAAAGACUCUCCAUUAAUGGACAAGUACGUUUUGAUAUUUUCCUUUACUCUUCGCUGUUGGUGAGCAUUAAGAUCAAGUAUUGUGGCGUACAUAUUGCAUUGGACAACCUAUUGGACAAUUAUCCAUCCUUACAGAAAUUCGGGUUUUCCCAUGGGAAGCUAUACAUUAGUAAUCCAAAGAGUUCUGGAUGCCCAAGUCAACAUGGCUUAAAGCUCUUGAAGUUAGAUCUUGUUGUGACAAGUGUUUCCGCACUUGAAUAUGCAUCUUUCAGAUGCAAAAGUCUACAAUCUAUAAAUAUGAAGAGUUCGAGAAUUUGUGGAUCAAUUUCUGCCGAAGCCAGAAGCAUAUGCAUUGUCAUAUCUCACUUAAAGCUCAAGACAUCAAUCUUUGACCAUGUCAGAUUCUUCUCAUCCGAGGAAGACAUGAGCGAUGAUACUUCCAUUAACUUGAUAUUGCUUUCUCACUCAACCAAUCCCCACAUGUCAACCAAAGCAAAAGAGAAUGAAAACGAGAACGUUAAUGUCAAUCAAAAAUCUUCUGUGGAGCCUCUAGCUUGCAAGGCGAAUGUUUCUGAGGCUGAAAAAUCCUAUUAUGAUAAGCGUGAUGAAGAAGAUUGGGAGGAAGACCUUUGUAGAGGCUAUGUCGAAUUGAGGUGUAAUUACAAGACUGAAUGUGAUGUGCCUUUAUGGACUUGUCGAGAAUAUUCUUUUGAUCAAAAGACAUCUUAUGGGCCUGACAAAUUAAAAAGUUACCAAGCAUUCUCUGAUAUUCAAAGUACAAAAAGCUUAGUAAAUGAUGACUAUGGUUUUAAUAAAUACGUCAAUACUGAACUUUUCGUACAUAGUCUGUACAAAGACAACCUCUACAAUUAG